AGUAACUUAUCCUAGAACCAAGAGUAUCUGUUCACAAUUGGUUUCUGGGUUAGUCUUUGAAGGCUUUUAGGUAUAAUCGCCAAUGUGUAUAGAAAAACUUUACGGCAACAACAACUAUUAAAUUCUCAAAACUUGCAACGAUCUUGGGGUCUAAAAUAUUUUAAAUAUGUCAAAAGCGGAUAAAUUUAUGUAGAGCUAAAGCACAGAUGUCAAUUAACAGAAGAGUAGCAGAAAUCUCCUAAUUAAAAUUAAUGUCUCUCCUAUUGUUCGAGAACUUUGAGCUUUACCGCAUAAAAGCUUAUACUGAUAACAGACUACUGUUAAUAACAGUACAAGCUACAAUGCUAGCUGCUUGUGAAUUAUCUUUUUUUGAAGUGUAUGCAAACAUAGAUAUAUAUUCGUUGACUUAUCUGUUGAUUACAAAUAAUUUUCGAUUAGGCUCUAACCGUUGUAACAUUAGCCCGUUCUGAAAAGUCUGUUGCAGAUAAAAAUUUGAAUGCUCGUAUGUAGGAGUGUGUGUGUGGAAUUUGAAGCCAAAAGACUUAUGAUAAGAUAAUGAAAGGUAAUAAUCAAGCGAAAUCGAUUCAAUAAUGUAGUAAUGAUUCGGAAAAAAUAGUACAACAGCGAAUGUGGAAGUGAAAAGAACAUGGUUGAACGAAUUUUGCGAGGCUAAAGCAGUUUGUAGUACAUAAAAUAUAUAGAAAACACCAUGGUUCUAAAGUGUGAAGUUCAUCUGGAUAACCCAAAACGUAUUUAUGAACCCGGCGACAAGCUCACCGGCCAUGUGCUACUAACAAUGGAGGUGCGCCUGAUUAUCAAAGCGUUUGCCAUUAAAUAUACGGGGUUUGCAGAGGUGAAAUGGGAAAGAAUACUUCCACCGAAGAAAGUUAAGAAAAUAAAUCAACAAAAUGAGUCGGAGCAACCCUCAGACAUUGGACCUCCUAUUGAGCAGUGCAUUGAAGUUUACAACAAUCGAGAAGACUUUUUGUCCAAUGUAAAUUAUUUUGUCGGUUCCGAGGAAGCAACAGGCAGAAUCAUUGAACGUGGCACUUACACUUAUCCAUUUUGCGUUGCACUGCCGCAAAGCUGUCCAUCCAGUUUUGAAAGUGCCAACGGUCACAUACGCUAUAUGGUCGAAGUAUUCAUCGACCAUAAGAAUAAACGUGAGGUAUGGUAUACGCAGCAAUUGCAAGUGCUCAAGCCGCUCGAUCUCCGCCGAUACCCAGAAAUCGCCGAAAAGCCAGGUGAUGUGCUCGUCGAAGAGAAUAUGUCUUGGCAUUUCUUCAAACACCCCUUGAAAAUGUGUGUGAACUUACCGCAGUUUGGGUAUGUGCCCGGUGAAGAACUUUCAAUACACGUCUCAAUAGAGAAUUCCGAUAAGUUGCGUUUACACGAGUUAACCUAUGAGCUGCAACAAAUUUGUUGCGUAACCGCCGCGCAUGGUCACAAGAAAACUAAGACCAAAUACUUCCACAUCACUUUGGCUAAAGCUAUGCACAAGUUCUGCGGUCCACGGGAAAGAAACGAGCAACAUUUGCAAACCUUUUUCUGGCCACAAACUGUGCCGAAUACCGAUCCAGCCGAUUGUCAGUGCUUGCAAAUAGGUUACGAACUAAGUGUGCAGCUGAGCACGAGUAAUGCGAAACGUUCGCUGCAAGCAAAGAUACCGAUCGUGGUGGGCACCAUAUCCCUACGGGCGCCAGAAGAAGUGCGUCAACUUUCUGGCACAAAGCAAACGGCGGUUUCUGCAAUGCGUAGCAUGGAGAAUUUGCCAAUGAAAUGCAGUGAGUUCGAUAUGCCGCCAACAAGGGAACCUCAAGAUUGUUUUGCAGUGGCUACAGCACCUGAGCCGGAAUCUCCCAUACGAAGUGCUUGUGAAUUAAAUUUGCGCUCCAUGUCCUUCCGCGAAGCUGAACAUUUGCCGAAAACUAAAUUCAACGCAGAACCAAAAAAAUCCAAAUUCAAUAAGGAACAAACCGUUUUCCAACCAACAUAUCUCUACUAUGACUUAGAUAGUCUGCCCGCUGUGCAAAAUGCUGUCGCCGGUACGAGAACUACAGCAGCAACCACAGCAGAACUGCCAAGCGCUACCGAGGGGCCUCAAAAGAAUGCCAGCGAAGAUCAAACCCCUGAAAAUACCGCUUCUUCUACCAGAGGUUGUGCCAGAGCUAAAAAGAAAAGGAAGGAGCGUAAAAGUAUUUUAGAAGGAUCUUCAUAAACGAUUAUAUAACUCAUCUAAAUAAUAAUAUAUAAACACAUAAAAGUAUUUCCUUUAGCUUUAUACAUACAUAAGUAUUAAACAUUUAAAAUAA